CGCCAUGCAAGAAGGUACCCUAUUACCCAACCCACCCGCGACACACAACAACAUCAUCAUUAUUCAUUAACACACUCACCUUCUUCAAUCUUAACACACACUCACUUUCAUUCCUCAUCCUCUUUUCUCUCAUCAGUCAUCACACAAUGACAGAACCACCUCCCUCCGCCAUAGACCCCUACGAGUUCAUGAAAAUCAAGUUGAACCCCGACGGCUGCUCCCUCACGCGCAACUACGAUGUCCCCAUGGUCCCCCCCGCACCGGAGCCCACCCCGGGCAUCACCGCCCUCUCCAAAGCCCUCCCCCUCAACGCCGCCGCCGGCACCUCCAUCCGCCUCUUCCUCCCCCACCCUCCGCCCCCGCCCACCCGCAAGCUCCCCCUCAUCCUCUACUUCCACGGCGGCGGCUUCAUCCUCUACCACCCCGCCUCCCUCAUCUUCCACGAUUCCUGCACCGCCCUGGCCGCCGCCCUCCCCGCCGUGGUGGCCUCCGUGGACUACCGCCUCUGCCCCGAGCACCGCCUCCCGGCCGCCUACGAGGACGCGCAAGACGCCCUCGUGUGGGCCCAGGCCCAGGCCCAGAAUUCAGGCGAGUCCGACCCGUGGGUCCGCGAGCACGUGGAUUUCUCCAAGUGCUUCCUGAUGGGAAGCAGCGCGGGGGGAAACAUCGUCUACUUCGCGGGGCUACGUGCGGUCGAAAUGGACCUCUCGCCAUUGAAAAUCCUGGGCAUCGUAAUGAACAUCCCUUACCUCAGUGGGGUCCAGAGAUCCGAAUCCGAACUCAGACUCGUCGACGAUCACAUACUGCCGUUAGUAGCCAACGACAUGAUGUGGUCGCUCUCGCUUCCCGAGGGCGCCGAUCGCGACCACGUCUACUGCAAUCCGACGGCGGCCGAGCAGGAGCACAAGGAGCGGAUCGCACGGUUGCCCUGGUGCCUGAUCAACGGCUACAUGGGGGAUCCCUUGGUGGAGAAGCAGAUGGAGCUUGGUAGGAUCUUGGAGAGGCAUGGGGUCCACGUCGAGACGCAUUUUGCCCACGAUGGCUUUCAUGCGGUCGAGCUCUUUCACCCUUCUAAGGCCAAAGCUUUGGAAGAUUUCGUCAAGAAAUUUGUCCACGAUGCUUCUCUCCAUGCCUCCAUCUGAUCCAUCACCCUCACUCUCCUCCUUUUUUUACUGCUUCAAAUUAAAUAAUUUACUGUCUAUGCUAUUUAAUUACCUAUACUUUCAAUUAUGUGGGAAUCCAUUCUCUUUCUCUCUAUUCAAAUCAGAAUAUUCAAACUCAAUUUCCGGUUUAUUUGGCUAUUUGUGAAUUGUGAUAGAGUUUCUCCUUGCAUUGAUGGAAUCAAUAUUCUAUAACCAUGAGGAGCAUAUAUCUAGGAGUACUAGCUUUCUCAUCUUCUUCUAAUCUUUUGUCGAUGGACCUAGUAAUGGAUCUCACGUGUAACUUCAAGGAUGGUCUUCCUUCAAUUUGUUGUACCGUCAUUUUAUAUUGUCAAGAGUUCGUGAUUGUAAUGACUUGAUUGCUUUAGGUUGCAAUAAAAUGUCAUGUGUACAAUUUAAUAUA